AAUGAGAGAAGAAUCAUGUGUUUGAACACUGCCUAUCCAUGCAAUUGCUUGAUUUAUGGAAGUCUUUGUGAACCUUGUAGGAUGACGGUAAAAGACAUGGAGACAGAGGAGGCCCACCUGUCCAACAACAUCAGUGCAGCGGGUCAAGUACAGAACUCAUGCAAACCCAACCUGCACACCUCCAUCAAUGGAGCUGCGAGGGAGCGGGAACAAAACUGGGGAUGGAUGCUGUCUGAGAUCAUUUGUGUCAAUAUUUUAAUCCUGGGCUGCGCUUUGGUCAGUGGCAGUGCCUACAACAAUGUGAACAUCAGCCCUGCUAAUCUGCAGGUUUUCCUCAUCAUCCUCCUCCUCCUCACCACUGGUUGGAUGAUUUAUUAUGCCAUCUACACAUCCAGAACAGAGGAUGCAGUGGUGUACAAGGAUGACCACGCUGGACCUAUAUGGCUCAGGGGGGGACUUGUGUUGUUUGGACUACUCAGUAUUAUUAUGGAUAUUUUCAAGAUAGCCAGCUACGUGGGCUACCUCCACUGCGAUUCUGCUGUUAAAGUGGCUUUCCCUGUGGUGCAGUUUGUUUUCAUAAUUGUGCAGACAUACUUCAUGUGGGUCCAUGCAAAGGACUGUGUGCAUCUACAAAGGAACAUCUCACGCUGUGGGAUAAUGCUGACACUGUCCACAAAUUUAGUUUUAUGGAUGACUUUAGUCACAGAGGAGUCGCUACACCAAACAGAAUUUCCUGAAGAUCCACACACUAACACCUCAAAAAUCCAUGGACGAACUCUGUACAUCAAUAAAGCAAGUUAUGGAGAUGAUGAUUGCAAGUGCAGCCAUACUUCAUGCAAAAUGUUCAAGGAGGCAUACUACUACCUGUACCCUUUCAAUAUUGAGUACAGUCUCUUUGCUUCGGCCAUGGCCUAUGUUAUGUGGAAAAAUGUUGGACGUUUGACAGAAGAACACGGCCACCACAGUUUUAAAUUUAAUCUGAAGGAUGUAUUUCUCGGUCCUGUGGCGGGAGUUUUGUUGGUGGUGGCAGGUCUGGCGACAUUCAUCGUCUAUGAGAUGGACAUGAAAGAUGAUGACAAUCACAAAAACCACGACAAAGCAGUGAUGAUGCACUUUGCGGUGAAUAUAGUGAUUGUGACCCUGAUGUCCGUCGCCACUGUGCUUGGUUGUGCUGUCUACAAACUGGACCACAGGGAGCGUGUGUCUGACAAAAACCCCACCCGCAAUCUGGAUGUGGGCCUGCUGGUGGGAGCCUCACUGGGACAGUUCAUCAUCAGCUACUUCACUAUUGUAGCUAUGGUGGGAACUGGAGCCAAGGGCCACCUGAACAGGCUCAAUCUGACCUGGGCGAUCAUGAUGGUGAUCCAGCUCGGUCUGCAGAACUUUUUCAUCAUUGAAGGCCUCCACCGGGAGCCCUUCCAUGAGGUGCACCAUCAGGUCGCUGUGGUUGCAAAUCCGUAUGUGCUGCAGUCUGGCAAAGAGCUGAACUUUGAAGCAGCAGAAAUGGGCAUAAAAUCCAACCCGGUGGGUACAGUGCAGCACAGUCUGCACGGCCUGAACAUUGAGCACAACCACAAACUGUCCUGGAAGAGACGGGUGCUGAAGGAAGUGUGCAUGUUUCUGCUGAUGGGAAACAUCAUACUAUGGAUCAUGCCUGCCUUUGGUGCUCGUCCACAGUUUGACCACGAUACCGAGACUGAAUUCUACAAAUUUAACAUGUGGGCUGCUGUUGUCAACAUUGGGCUACCUUUUGGCAUCUUUUACAGGAUGCAUUCAGUUGCCAGUCUAUUUGAGGUGUUUCUGACUACAUAAUGAUGAAGGUGGACUAAUGUGCAGCCGAGUCAUGACUGUUUCAAAUUCAUAAAGCUAUUUUGUAUAAACUGUAGUUUGUUUUCAUGAUGCUUUGUUUUUUGUUUUAAAAAUUGUAACGUAGCAUUUGAACUGACAAAUGUCUUCACUGUAGAAUAUCUCUCUCUCUUUUCUUUUGAACCGUGUAUAUUGGACGCUGUGAAUAUAUUAAAUAUUAAAUAUUAUUUUCAGAAGUUACUGUAAAGUUAUAAUUGUACAACAUUGUAUGCACAAAAUGACUACAAGUAAUAAAAUAAGCUCACAGAAAGAGAUCUGUGAGUUGUGUGACAAUUAUUGUUAUUAUCAUUAUUAUUAUUAUUAUCAUCAUUAGUAGUAGUGGUACUUCUCCUCCCAUGAAUUUAAAAGGCUAGUCUGUUUAGUUACUGAAUUAAUUAAUUGCUCAUAGAAAACUGAUGAAUCGUUUUUAUUUUCAAGGGAAUAAAUCCCAAAUUUCAAUUAAUCAACUUUUAAUUUAUUAAGCGCCAAAUCAUAACAAAAGUUAUCUCAUGACAUUUUACAUCUAGAGCUGGUCGAACCUAGACUCUCAAGGCAAUUUACAGAACUCAACAGAAUCCUCCAGGAGCAAACACUUAGUGACAGUGGCGA